AGUGUGUUGGUUAAAGUUGGACAACCUUUGGCAAAACAAAACAAAGCAGAUUAAAGAAGAUGCCACUGUUCAUAGUUGAACAAGUGGAGAAGCUAUGGGACACUUGGAAUAUCAGAGGAUUGAUUAUUCUAAGUCUCUUGCUGCAAUCUUUCCUAACUCUGUCUGCACAAUUAAGGAAGCGAAGUGGGAAAUGGAUAAUCAUGAUUCCACUCUGGAUAGCAUACCAGCUUGCAGAUUGGGCGGCUACAUUCACAAUUGGACUCAUGUUGCGUGCUGAACGCAGUGACAUCUUGGCCUUUUGGGCACCCUUUCUUUUGUUGCAUCUUGGUGGCCCUGACACCAUUACUUCCUUCUCUCUGGAGGACAAUGAAUUCUGGAUUAGGCACUUGCUUGGGCUUAUAUUACAAGUUGGUUCGACUAUCUAUGUUAUCUUUCAGUCACUCACACAUGACAAACUUUGGCUGCCAACUCUCCUAGUUUUAAUUGCAGGGGUAAUCAAAUAUGCUAAGCGCAACCGUGCCUUUUAUCUAGCAAGCUUUGACCACUUUGAGAAUAAUUGGACAUAUCUAUCAGAGAGGAGACCAAUUGUAACGCCACCCAAUAAAGUACAACUUAAACAGGAAACUAGAAUGCCUCCCAUUCCAGUACAAUUUGAACAGGCUCAUCAGUCACGGUUUGCAGAAGUUUGGCAUCAGCGUGAGCCGUGGUCGAUAAUUCUUGCAGCAGUUUGCACGAUCGGCGCUAUCAAGAGCUUACUCGUAGGUCCUUCCAUGACUAAAAAAGAACAAGCGAAUUUUUGUUAUUUUAUGAGAGAAAAAGAUUCACAUAAGAUGCUUCGAACCGUAGAGAUCCAAUUAAGCCUCUUGUAUGAGCUUCUUCAUACCAAGUUGCCCGUAGUUGAUUCCAAGAUUGGUUAUAUUUGCCGCACGGUUAACUUUGGUUGCAUCUUGGGAGCCUUGGUGUCAUUCUCAGUAUUACUUAAGGAGUACCGCCAUAAUAAGUUGGGGGAGUUUGAUAUCAGCCUGACAUAUGGGUUGCUGAUCGGAGCUUUGAUAUUGGAUUUGAUAUCCAUCUGAGACCAUGAUGAAGAAUGGAAGUGGCCAAGUUAUUGGGAGAAGGGAUCCAAAGCAACAUUCACUGAACAUCUAGAAAAGCUAUUGAAAGAAGAUGAAAACGCUAUUAUAGAUCUAGAUCUGUUGAAGGAAGAAGUGGACAAGUUAGAACCCUAUGCAAGGAGUUACAUAGCUAGAUUUUCGAGAAUAAAUGCUGCACGUCUUCUUGCCAAGGAGCUCCUCGAUCAACCCGGUGGUUGUCCAUGGGAAUUAAUUGGUAGAUUUUGGGUAGAAAUGGUAUGCUAUGCUGCUAUUAAUUGCAAACCCAUUGUGCAUGCACGACAAGUAAGCAAAGGUGGACAACUUCUCACCUUGGUUUGGUUGUUGAUCAAUUACUUGGGAUUAACUCCUCCUUCAAUGAAUCCGGGCGAGACAGAUUGGGAGCCUAAUAUAGAAGGUCUGAAGAGAGAGAUACACUGCAUAAGACGCCAGAAGCCUUUUAAGGGGAAACCCAAUCACGAGUUGGAGGUCACCUCAGCCACUUCAUGAAAUCAAUUCUUGAGUUUUAA